AUGGCCUCGAAUCACAACAGGGUUCGGCUCAACAACAACCGCCAUCAAAGGAAGCUGUUGCUGCUCAGGAGUGCCGACCUGCGGCGUGGCGCGGACGAGAGGGCUCCUGGCGCAACGAGACCGAAGCAUCAUGGCCAGGCACGGCUCGAGGCUCGAGAGCAGAGUCGUCUGGAGGAGGUUGCCCGUCUCGUUCCGUAUGAGGUCGUUGUUGAGGUUGUUGAGUGUGCGGAAGAUGGCGACGAUUAUGCAGCUGGGGAGAGGGCCACUGGGUGUCAGUGUGCUGUGAGAAAACAAGGGGUCUUCGGGGACUGGUCGGGAUUGCAGUCAAAAGCAACCAAGCGUACAUGA